CAGCUUCCCGUCGCAUGUUGCGCGUUCCUUAGCAGAGAGAGGAUAGAAAUUACACUUUCAUUUAACACAGAACUCACUAAAAGCAAAUAAACCGUUUGGUAUGAUUUGUGCGCGUUUAAUCGUCUCAGAGCUUGAACGCGUGUUUCUGAUGCGAUGAGCGCGUCACGAGAGUUCACGGAUUUAAUAGCAGAUACGCGAGAACAACCCGAAAACAAGAUCCUCGACGUGCUCUCGAAACUAAAAGAUGUUCUGGACAGAAAGUCUUUAGGAGAUCAGAGGGAUCUGGAGGAGUGUAAACGGACUCUUUACUCUCACGGUGUUCUGCAGUAUUGCUCAUCUUCUCUGAGAUUCAGUCCAGCUCAGAUUCAAGGAGGAUAUGCGGUUCUGACACAGAUGGCAGACAUCCUCAGCUCGUGCUGUGUGGGUCUGGGGUCUUUCAGAGGCAUGGAGGUGUUCAGUCAUGAAUUUCUGCCUCCGGUGGCUGAGAACCUUCUUUUCCUGGCAGACCGGCUCAUGACCAGAGCUCUGAGGGACAAGGCACAGAAUGAGAUGAUUCGUUUGUUCAGAAGAGUCUUUGAUUCCAUCGGCUGGCUCCUCAGGGCUCAUAGACAUCUCAGUCAUCAUGUAUUAAGGUCUAAAUAUUAUGAGAAAAUCCAGAUGUGUGAGGACGAUGAAGUCUCGGUUGUUACAGUUACGAUGUGGAACGAUAUCUUCAGGGCGGACAGCGCUGUUGCAGAUGAGAUGGGAAUCCGUGCUCUGACUGGAGUCUUGGAUGAUAUUGUGUAUAAAAUGUCCAGUAGCUCAAACCCGGUGAUUGGCAGAGCCGCUGUAAAAACACUUGUCAUAAUAAUGGACCACAGCAGCUCGAGCCAUCAGCUCAUUCACAGACGAUACAAAGGUUUGGCUGAAUUGGUUGUGAAAGACUGGAGUGGUAAAGGAUUUGACUCAGUACUGGAUCAACUUAUCGACCGACUGCAGUCAGAGACUUUUCAGAAAGACACUGAGGAGUUGUCCGAGGAGAUGGUGAGAGCCGCGUGCGUGAUCCAGGCGGCUUGGAGAGCCCAUCAGACCAGAAAAAGACUGAAGAAACUCCCGCGAGCUGUCAGCACAAUCCAGCGAAGCUUCAGAGAAAAGCGCAGACGGCAACAGGAAGAUGCUGAGAGACGGCGGGCAGAGGAGGAAUUACGUCACCAAGUGCGUCUGAGAAGACAGAGAGCCAUGAGACAGUUCCGUCAACGGCAGCUUCACCUCAUGGAGAUACUUCCAGCCGCUCAGGUGGAGAGAUAUCUGGGAGAGCUGGAGAAACAGGCAGCUGUGCUCAUUCAGAGAGUUUGGAGAGGUCACAGAGAGAGACGACGUUUCCAUCGACACAAAUACAGUCUCAGACAACACAGAGCUGCUGUCAUUCUGCAGAGAGUUAUUCUGCGGUUCCUGAAGCGUCGUAAAGCACAACGAAGCACUCUGACACCACCGAAAGGAAUCAAAGGAUUGACUGACAGCAGGAGGGCGGAGCUUAGGCGACAGAUAGAAGAGCACAUCUCUCUACAUCCUUCAUCAGUGAUGUCAGCAGAGGGCAGAGUGGAGCUCAAUCAGACAGCUCAGAGUCUCCUGCAUCAGCACCUGAUCAACAGAGCGUCCGGUCGGCCCAGAGAACACCACAGACACGCUCUGCUCGCUCAGAUCAACACGGACCUCGAGCUUUUACUCAAUGCUCCGUCACUGAAGGAUGCCCGAGCGGAGGACGUCGGCCUGUACUUAAGCCGUUCCCGUCCUGUGGCCACACGUGCCCGUCAAUCCCAUAAUGCCGUGAUCCAGAGCAUGCGUCUGCCGUGGUGGAGGAUGCUGGGAGAUGAGUUCUACAGUCCGGAGGAGCUUCCCGGGAAAGAUUACGAUAUGGACAUGGAGUCAUUGUAUCUGGGUGGAAAUUAAAGGAGUCCAGGAGGUGUUUAUGAGAUUUUCGUGAAACUUUAUUUGGAAUAUUUCUCAUGUAUGAGCGUGCCUGAUGACUGUACAUUUAAAAGGAAAAUGUCUGGACAGAAACAUUUCUUUUCUGGAUGAUUUGAACAGUAGACGUUACAGUACAAUCUUCAGUGAGGACCCUCUUAAAUCUAAGAUGAAUAUGAAUACAGAAAUCAUUCAGCCACAGAACUGAUGAAACAUUAAUGGUCGUCAAUGCCAAACAAACAUGUUUUACAAUUGAGAUGUAUAAAAUAAUACAAGCAUUGUCUCUCGUACGCCAGUCAUAGUGUUUUAUAGUUUUUCUAAUUACUCUUCAGUAUUUCAGGUGAUAUAGACGACUGUUGUAGUGAUGUUUUUUCCUCAUUUUGUGAAGUGCUGGUGUGAGUCCUUCUCUUAUCGGUCGCUGGAUUUCAGUUAUCGUUCUUUAUUCAAAGUCAAUUUUUAAUAUUUUUCACAUCUUUAAGCUCUUGAGUUGUGUAAUUGCAUUUUAAACACUGCAAAAUCAGGCCAGUAUGACAAAAAGGAAGUAAAUGAACUCAGUGCUGUCACUAUUUCACAACACAAUUAUCGUGGUCGAAAUAAUUUACAGCAACGGUUCGGUCGGGAUGUGUAUAGAUAAAAAUGAACUGCUAUAAGUCAAAUUCAUUUUUACUUAUUUUUGGUUUUCUCUUUUUUGGCCAAUGAAUCACGCUUAACAUGUGAGUCUAGAGAAAGUUUGUAACUUUGCAAAAUCUUAAGACAAAAUGUUGUUUUUCUAUAUCACCACCUUCCAUAAUAAAGUGUUAACCACAUGAUUAAUUUUAAUAACCUAUGUAUGUGUCAUAUGAACACAAUAUUAAUAAUUACAGUUAUCCAUAUCACGGUUAUUGACAGUACUGAUACCCCUAUUAUGAAACAAUCCCCUUGUUUAGCUCAUUGUCAAUUGACAUACAGUAUUGUGAAUUCAUUUAAAUUUGAAUGAGCUUUCUGCCCUUAUGGAACAGGAUAAUGAAAGAUAGGAGAUGAAUGGAUUCAGUACAUUGCAGUGGUUCAUUGUGAGGUUAUUUUGAUGGAGGUGUGCUGAGAGAAAAAUCUACUGCGUGCCCAAAGUGUCGUAAAAUGAUGCCAAGGCUUCAUUCACCGGACAGCCAUCAUUAUUUCAUUACACACACGUAAAAACAACAGAGUGGUCCACUCCAGCGGCACGAUUAAAACAGCAUUUUCAAGAGCAGGAAAAUAUGAUGGCAGAAUAAUUGCCGAUCUCUUUAUGCGGCGGUUUAAAGCUGCAGAUAAACUGAAAGCGGCUUUUGGAGGAAGCCGAGCAGCGCACGAGCGUGUUUGUCUAGUGUUGUGUGAAUGUUUGCGUUUUAGUCUGUGAAAGUGCAUGUGAAUGUAAUGAAUGUGUGUGUGUAUGUGGAGGUAAAGGAGACAUGUAAAGGAGACAUGAAAACACGGUGACUGCCAAACCUCUGUCACGUUACAAUGCCAAAGUGAUGUUUAAGUGAUUAACAACAACGGUUACAGGAAUAAUUGUUGAGUUUUACCACAGUAGUUGUGUUUGUUUACAUCCGGUCAGA